AUAAAACCUGCGCUGGUGAGAGGCAGAGGAUAGAAUACAGGUGUUCAGUGCCGAGAUUACACGGGGUACCGCCCAGGUCACCAGACAACACCAAAGGGAUCCGAACUAUCGCCAACAACAUGCUGCUACUAGAAAAAGCCUCCAUGGUCGCAGUUUUGGUGCUGUGUGUCCUGAGUCUUCGCGCGGACGGUGCGAAGAAAAGAGGAUGCGGGGAGAGGAAAAUUAAAAAGAGCUACCUUAAUCUCGCCAAAAUGCGGGACAGAUUCGAGAGCGUUUUGGGGACAGUGACGAGUGCGUCCGAAAAGGCUGACGAACACGUGUCCAUGGCGGACCGGAAGGAUAGUUUGCUGUUGAAAGUGGGAGAUCUACUCUUUGAAGACGGACGGGGCUUCUCAGGGCUGAGACUUACCGGACUGAAGUUGACAGACUUGGGAUUGGACGACAUACAGAAGUUUGAGAUCUAUAUGGCAGAGCUGGAGCUUCUCCUUGAUGAGCUGGAGAAGGUGGAGGAAACGGUGAAGGAGGAUUUCCCAACUCUCAAUGCGGAUCUGAACGCAGUCUACAAACGCGCAUUUGAAUCGAUGAGAAAAGUUAAGGCAUGUGCACCGACCGGGAAUGCGAACGUGGAGGAACUGAUCAAGCAGUACAAAACUCAGAUCCAGUCUGUAUCACCGACGGUUCCAACGAGGACUCGGCGACAUACACACAAGGACUCUGCUAGCUCCUCUAUCUUACUGCGGAAGAUCAGGAGCCUUGUUGGACGCAAACCGCGGCAGACGCCGGAUGAGAGAAUCCUCCAACACAGUCAGUGGGUUCUGAAAGAUCUAGAGAGCCUUCUACAGCACGACGUCAUCGCAACGCUGGACAGCAUCAAGAGCAAAUACAGCAAGAGGAGAAACAAGCAAGCAAGAAAAAAUCUGUCAAGUUAAACCAGCUGCCUCACGAUGUGCGGCAGUUCUUAAACGUGUAGUAGGGAGAGGUUGAAUAUUGUGACGUGUUGGAAGCGUUUACUCUCCUAUAUUAGUUAGGGUAAACUUCUGACGACGUUCUCUACCUUAUCCCUCGCGUGUACACGCCAAAUGUUAGUUGAUCUUCAUUGAAGGUUUAUGUACAGGUUAUACCUGUAAAAAUGUAAAAGUUGUGGGCAUUUUUAGUGUGUCUCAUCCAAGUUCCAAAAGUUGAGAUUUUAUAAUAGAUGUAUCGAAGCGACGUGUAGAUCACUUUGAUUAAAGUAAUAGCUAGUUAAAACAACUUUAAAUGUAUUUAUUUUUUUACUGAUAUGUCGCACAUUGCCAAAUAGUACGUGCAAUUCUAGUUAAGUAUUGUUUGAUAGAUUGAAUAUUUAUUAUAACUUAUUGUACAUAGGCAUAGGCUAUAUUUGAAAAUAGAUGCAAAAUGUAUUUGACUUUAAUAUAUUAGGUAUAUUUCAUAAGUAGCUAUUUAUUGGUAUUUAUUGCGAUUGGCAGCCUGUUGGUCUUGGCCAUUGGAUACUGUCUCUAUCUGCUACAGAAGGAUCUGCUUGGAGAUUAUACAGCUUGCCAUACAAUGUAAUUGCUGCAGGCAGUGUAUUUUUUCCCCUGGCCACUGAACAAAUGUUAUGUUGAGUUUACCAAAAUGAAGUGUAGUGCACAUUGCACCUCUUAUAGCAAUUUGUUGUAAGGUAAAGUUUUAAAAGUGAUUGAAAGUGAUUUAAGUUUAUGGUACUGAUGUUUAUACAUUUUGCCUUGCCAUUAUUCAAGGGUAUUGAAUAGAAUUGUAUACUACUGUGGUAAUAUUGUUAUGAUGCCAGUAGGGUACAAAUGAGGCAAAAUCUUCUUACUCUAGAUAUUACAAUUAUUAUUGAUGUUGUUGUUGUCACUAAUUAAAUUAUUUCAUUGUACAGAAAGAUCUAUGAAGUGAAAACCUUGUUUGAAGAAUCAGAUCAAUCACCAAUAAAAUGGUUUAUUUCAAAA